AUCACAGUCUUGUCGAAAUGUUUCUGAGAUACACUGGAGUCUUAGCCUUCGCCUGCUUUGGCUUGCUUUCCCUGUCGGGGGCUUAUAAAAUAACACCAUAUGUCAUGGACGGAGUGCCUGGAUUCCUCAACGUAACUACUUCCCCAUUCGUUAAGAUUGGUGAUGGUUACUACUACAUAGAGACAAAGAUGGAAAAGAACUGGUACGACGCUUAUGAAUCUUGCCGCCGAAUGGGCGCGGACUUGAUCUCAUUCGAUAGCAUCGAAAAAUGGAAGUUGAUCAAUCAGUAUCUCAUAAAUACGAACAUUCAGGCUAGAUACUACACUUCAGGCACCGACCUGCAUUUGGAGGGCAAGCACGUCUGGUUCGCUAAUGGCCAACCUAUAGCCCUAGAUAUUUGGUAUGCGAAUAACCCAAAUAAUGAUGGAAAUAUUGAACACUGUGAUGAGCUUGGCUAUAAAGAAGAGAACAGAUCCGAGACACCUGGAUUGAAUGAUGUGCGCUGUGAUUUUCCUCUACGGUAUAUUUGUGAGGCACCCAAGCCAAAGACAGCAUCGUUUAUUGUGUGGUAAAUUAUGCGAAAAAUAGAUUACUUUGAAGGAUUUUUAUAUUCGAAAAUAAUUUAAAUAAUUAACGUAAUAAUUGGAAUUAAAUACCGAAAAAAUACCAGAAAACA